GGUGCAUUGCUCAACGGACGUCGGCUUGGAUCGACUGCGCGAUCAUCGGCUCCUCGGACCUGGUGAAUUCGCAGGCCAGGUAUAUAAAUUUGUUUUAUAUAGCCGCGCCCGACGAUACGUAGUGCAUCGAGUGCAAAAAUUCGCAGCAGAAUCGCAUCGUCGCCGUGCCUACAUAGAGCAAAAUAAUAUACAUCAAAGGUAUAAUACAGUGGUGGUGUGCAUCGAUGCGCCCAUGCCCAGCCCCUGCAGCCACGCCGACCGUGCAGACUACGGGACAUCGAGCGCACGGCGCUAGUAGCGGUGACGUCGAGCAGCCAGCCGAGCUUCGGAGUUUUGCGCAUCGGCGGCCCAGCAGCAGCACUAUACAGAAGGCCGCGUUGGCGCAACUGCCAUAGAGCCGCCGACGAGACUCCGUGACGUACCCACGGCACGGCGCGGCACACUCCGUGCCUGUCUGUCUCCGUCUCGCCUCGCCAUAUAGCGCGCCGAGCGAGCAGCUCGCGCUAUAUAUAUACAACACAUAUAUAUAUAAGCAUACACACUGAAUACACUACUGCGCGGCGAGAGCUCGAUCGUUCUGGAACGAAAGUAGCGGGACACAAACAUGGCGGACCUUUACGCCAAAUACAGCUGCACCUACUGCCAGGAGGACAUAUCUGGCCUACGUGUAAAGUGCGUCGAGUGUCCGGACUUCGACCUCUGCUUGCAGUGCUUUUCUGCUGCAGCUGAGAUUGGACAACACAAAAAUGACCACUCUUAUCGGUUUAUGGAUUCCGGUACCAUUUGUAUAUUCAAUGACAAAGGUAACUGGACUGCUAUGGAACAUCUACGAUUGUUGGAUGCCAUAGAACAAUAUGGUUAUGGAAACUGGGAAGACAUUAGUAAACACAUUGAAACACGAAGUCCACAAGAGGCCAAAGAAGAAUAUAUUGCUAGAUAUUUAGAAGGAAACAUUGGAAAACACACUUGGCCUUCGAUUGAUACCUACAGUCCAAAUCUUACAGAUUUGACUAAUUCAGAUCCCGGUCCACUAUCUCCUGAUUUGACAUCUCGCUUGCCGCCACUUGAUAUUCAACCUGAAGAAGCUACUCAACUGGGAUAUAUGCCACAAAGAGAUGAUUUUGAAAGGGAUUAUAACCAUGAAGCUGAAUCAUUGGUAUCAUCAUUAUUUUUGAAUCCAGCUGAAGAUGAUGAUCUUGAUAUUGCUCUGAAGCUUGCUCAAGUUGACAUGUACACUUACAAUUUAAGAGAAAGAGCAAGAAGAAAACGUGUCGUACGAGAUUAUCAAUUAGUAUCCAAUUUCUUUGCCCCUUCACGGAAAGAUAAGAUAAUUAAGAAAAAACACACCAAAGAAGAAAGAGAUUUUCGAGAACGAAUGCGUGUAUUCGGUCAGUUUUACACUUCCCAGGAACAUGAGCAACUUCUAACUAAUUUAGAAAAAGAGCGAGAAUUGCGACUUCGUCUUUCAGAAUUGUAUCGAUAUCGCGAAAAUGGUAUCACGAAGCACGAAGAAUGUCCUCAUUUUGAGCAAGUAUUAGCUCAAGCUCAAGGUCAAACCGAUGUGGAUCACUGGGCUGAGAAGAAAUCUGGCAGCAGUGGGUCAUCCAAAGCAAUGCACCGGCCAGUCUCAAGAAAAAGAGACGAAGAAAAAAACUGCUCUUCCACAGACCGAAAGUCCACUGCAAAAACAGACUCCUGCAACACCACUUUUACAGUCAACCAUCGGACGACGACUCCAACCAGUCUUUGGGCGGGGUCGGAUAAUAGUGCAAAUGUUGCAAAUCAACAAUCUUUAAAUUCUAAUUUAGCAUUAGAAAAAGGUAACAGUACUGGGCUCUCGGUAAAGUCAUCAGGAUCUCAAGUGGAUAAUGAAACGAGAAAUGUUGAUGUGGAAGCUGCUUCUCAUUUACUUACGAAUCAAGAAAAAUCAUUGUGUCUUCAGUUGAACUUGAAACCGAGUCAAUAUCUCACACAAAAGACGAUUUUGCUUGAAGAGUAUGUCAACGCCAAUAGAAAGUCUACUUUAGUUCCUCAGUCAGAGCCGGAAAAUAAAAUCCUUAACUAUUUAAUGUCCGCUGGAUGGAUUGUCGCUAAUUGAAUCAGUAGAGAGUUUGCUUCUAAGUCAAUCCAUACUGUACUAAAACAUAAGUUAAAUGAAUAGUGAGAGAAGCGUAAGUUUAAGGUAUCUUUAGAUUUACGUUCUCCUGUUCCAUUUGUGUAUAACAUACACACGUACUGACACUUUAAAAUAAUGGAAACUCGAUAUUUAUAUAAUGAUGUAGCGGUCGGUAAGUGUAGAAUUAUGAAGUUUAUAUUUAUAUUUUUUAGUACCAUAAUCUAAAAAAUAUGGUUUUAUUUACAAGAAUUUCUGAUGAAUUCUUCAAUCGAGCAGAUCAUGAUUGAUCAAUUAAUAUACUAGCCAAUACGAAUGUAAAGCAAGAUUUUAAAAGUUUGCCAACUUUAUAUUAAAUAGUUAGCGAAUUGGUGACAAUGUGGUAGUAUUAUAAUUAAGUUUCGGGUCGUGACUAUCUUGGAUCGAUUAGUCGCCCGAUACCUCUUUGGUGAAAAAUGUUAAUUAUGUACAUAAAAACUGAUAAAACACAUGUAAAUACGACGACGUAGAAUAAUGAACAAAAAAAACAUAAAAUGUGAUGAAAAACUAUAUAUCUCAUUAUAUAGGUUUUGCCCAAAUGUAGUAAAAGAACGAAAAGUCUAAACUAUUUUCUUUUAAAGUAAGAAAAUAUGAUAAAAUAAGCUGAAUCAUGUAAGUCUUAUAGAUUUUUGAUUAAAUCUCUAUAAUGCGGAUGUUAGCAAUUCCUGAGUAAAUAGGUUGCUGGAUUUUAUAUUUUUUCUAAUUACUAUAAUUUCAGAGUGAUGUAUAAUGAAAAAAAAAGAUACGCUUACCAGUAAAUGGUUGACAUUUAGUCCACACACUUCUGUUUUGUACAUAAUAAGCUUUGUAAAUGAACCGAUUUAUUUUCUGUAAACCGCAGAAGAAUAAACGAAACGUUUUUGUUAAGAAAAAAUCA